UAUAACAAAUGGGCGAGUGAAAAUUCAUUCAAUUCAAUGCUUCCGAAAGCUGUCGCAAAGGCCAGUACAAGUCAAACUGGUCUUGAUGACCAUCUACAUGAGUGUCCAAAGGCUGAAUGUAUCUUGCCAUACUCUGAUAAGCUGUUCCAAGAGGCAGCAACUGAGUGGCUCAUUGCCACAGAUCAGCCAAUACAAGCACUCGACCAUCUUUACUUCCACAAAUUGAUUAAUGUGGCCUCAAGGGCUCCGAAUGGCAUCAAAAUUCCAGAUCGUAAAGUAAUGUGGGCCAAGAUUAUUAAUAUGUUUCAAAAACAGAUGAAACACCUUCGCACACAAUUGAAUGUAGGUUUCAUAUUUUUAUUUGAACUAUAUGUCAUGAUCACUAUUUACAGAGUGACACCAUGA